AUGAACUUCUCCAAUGCACAGUUUGUAUUUAACGGGACAGAACCCGCGGGAUCGAGUCACGAAUUUCAAAGUUUGCCUAUCAUGCUGAUUGGUGUUGUGAUGACAGUAACAGCGGGAAUAGGGAACUUCACAUUGUUGCUCACCAUAUACAAAAAUCCUCACAGAAAUUUAAGGUCUCCGAGCACCAGUUUGGUUAUAAAUAUGGCCAUCGCUGAUUUCAUGCUGGGAGUUUUUGCGGGAAGUCUUCUUACAGCCCACGACGCCGUGCUGUUCAUCGACAAGUCCAAGCACACAGACCGAGUUCAUACCUUAUUGACGGUCGUAAUCUUUACAGGUGUAAUGACCAUCACUGUGGGUUGCUGUAACGUGGUUGCAAUGGCGUGUGAUCGGUGGGUGGCUGUCAGAUGGGCGUUGAACUAUCGGCACGUAGUAACAGUCAGACGGAUUAAGGUGUCAAUAAUUCUCUUUUGGAUCUAUGCAGCUUUGUUUACAAGCCUCGUUUUUGUCCCAACUGUCCCGUACGUUGUAUUUGAAAUGCUUUUCUGUCACCUUCAUGUGUCGCUUCCACUUCUGGUGCUACCCUGUGGUAUACUGGAAGACGUUUAG